CAGGAGCUUUGAAAAACGACGUCGUACCCUCUGCAACCGAACAUCGAGUCAUUGACAAAUCGAUAGUUUCCUUCGAAAUCAAGCUUCUCUGUCAGUCGUUUCAAUGGCGAGCGAAACCGAGCCUGCGAAGUUGCUCUUGCCUUACCUUCAACGCGCCGAUGAGUUGCAAAAACACGAACCUCUCGUCGCUUAUUACUGUCGAUUAUAUGCGAUGGAGAGGGGGAUGAAGAUUCCAAACAGUGAGCGCACCAAGACUACCAAUGCUUUGUUAGUUUCCCUCAUGAACCAGCUUGAAAAGGAUAGGAAGACAACCAAGUUGGGGCCUGAAGAUAAUUUAUAUGUUGAGGGAUUUGCAUUAAAUGUGUUUGGAAAGGCAGACAAACAAGAUCACGCUGGAAGAGCAGAUUUGAAUACAGCAAAGACAUUUUAUGCUGCUAGCAUCUUUUUUGAGAUUCUUAAUCAAUUUGGGACACUUGAACCUGAUCUGGAGCAGAAACAGAAAUAUGCAGCCUGGAAAGCAGUAGAUAUAAGAAAGGCUUUGAAAGAAGGAAGGAAGCCCACACCUGGCCCACCUGCUGGUGAUAAUGAUAUGUCAAUUCCAUCAAAUGCUCCUAGCAAUACAUAUGACCUUGGAACUACUGGAACUUCAGUUACCAGUCCCGGACCAGAAUCUGAUCCAUCUCAUGAUUAUCAUGACCCUGUCAACUACCAGCAUUCGCGAAACGUUCAUCCUGCAGCUGACUUCCAUGAUACUAUUGACAACCAGCCUUCUGCAAAUAACCCACCAUCUAUGCAGUUUCAUGAUAGAGUUAGUAAUAAUCUGAAUUCUUCCAACAUAUCUUCAUCGUCUCCUCCUUAUCCAUCUACAGGUUACCCUUCCCAAGAUUAUUACCAUCCUCCACCAUCCCAAGAUUACCAUCCUCCACCACCCCAAGAUUACCAUCCUCCACCACCCCAAGAUUUCCUUCCUGGUCCACCUUCCCAAGAUUAUAAUUCACCACCACCUGCCAGAUCAGAAGGUCCUUAUUCUCCGGGAUACGACCAUCAACAUUACUCAUCAGAUCCACAGCAUUUAGCUCCCAAUUAUCCUUCACAUGAAACUCCCUCAUAUCCACUCCCACAUUUUCAGUCUUAUCCUAGUUUUUCAGAAAGCACCCUACCAUCAGUCCCAUCAAACUACAUAUAUCAAGGGUCUGAUGCUGCUUCUUAUUCUUCACAGUCAGCUCCUCUGACUACAAACCAUUCAUCAAGUACCCUGCGAAAUUCCCUCAGCAGAAAUGGAACGAUCUCUGAACCUAAGUCAACUACUCAGACAUACCAAUAUGACAGUAACUACGACCCUCCACCUUUAAAGUUAGCAGAGGCACAGAAAGCAGCAAGAUUUGCUGUUGCGGCACUUGCGUUUGAUGAUGUGCCAACUGGAGUUGACUUUUUGAGGAAAUCACUUGAGUUGUUGACUAAUCCAUCAUCUGGUGAAAACAAUUAAUUUAAACUUAAUUGGGUUUUCAUGGAGUUUCUACCUUAUAUUUUUAUGUACAUAAACUUAAUGGGGUUUUCAGUAUAAGAAAGUGUGAAGAAAUUCAGUGAACACGAAUUGAAUGUAAUACUGAUAUAUGCUUCCAUAUUUUUUUGUCUAGGAGUAUGUCUACUAGAUGGGUCUCAGUAAUGUCUGUCUGAAACAAAUUCACCUUUUCUAUUUUGAUUCUCGCCUCCCUUCCUUUUUCCUGAACUUAAA